CGCUUGUCCGAACGCUCCUGCAGCAACACAGACACACACGAAGGGAUGGCCUCAUUCCACGGCUUCCAAAUGAGCAGGGGUGCAUCGUCGUCCUCCUACGGCCUUGGAGCGUCCGUCACUCGAAUGGCAGGGGGCGGAAUGGGCAUGUACGGCGGUGGUGGUGGCGGUGGUGGUGGUGCAGUGGGCUACGGCGUGUACGGCUCCGGUGCGGCGGGGCUCGGCUUGGCUUUAGGUGAUGGCUACGGGGUCGCCACGGGGCAAGGAGGCCUCUCGCUACAGACGGGGCUCGGCGCGUCUCGGGGCUACGCCGUAGGCUACGGAGGCGGACUGGGUCUGGGUCUGGCUGCCGGGGGAGGUGGUGGGGCGCUCAUGCCGUACGGGAGCCCCGCGUUCGCCGCCGGGCGCUCGAUGCUGUCGGGAGGACUGGCCGGGGGGCAUCCGCCGCAGUCGCUCGCCGCCAUGCCGCCUCUGGCCACGCGAAACGUGCACAAGGCCACGCUGCAGGGACUCAACCAGCGCUUCACGGGCUACGUGGAGAAGGUGCGUCUCCUGCAGCGCGAGAACGCAGCGCUGGAGGCGCAGCUGCAGGUGCUGGCGGGGGGCGCGCCCAUUUCCGCCGACGGGGACCUCGCGGUCGACUACGAGGAGCGAGUGGCCGAGCUGCGCACCUCGCUCGAGACGCUCGCCACGGAGACCGCGAGCCUCGAGGUGGAGGCGGACAACGUGCGCGCCACCGCAGAGGAGCUCCGAGCCAAGUACGACUUCGAGACGGGCAUUCAUUAUCAGCUGCAGUCGGACAUCACCCUCAUGAAGAAGGACAUCGAGUUUGCGACCGAUUCCAAGGUCACCCUGGCCACCAAGAUUACCUCCCUCACGGAAGAGCUCGCGUUCCUCAAGAUGAAUUACGAGGAGGAGAUGGCGACUUACCACGUCCGGCUGGGCACCACCGAGUCGACGUCGGCCGUCAUCGAGGUGGACACGGUCCGCUCGGUCGACGUCACCACGGCGCUCUCCAAGAUCCGCGACGAGUACGAGGAGGUGGCGCGCAAGCACCGCCAGGAGGCCGAGGCGCACUACACCAGCACGAUGGAGCGAAUCCAAGAGUCCACGGCGCAAACGACGGCGGCCAUCACGGAGCUCAAGACGGAGCUGAGCACGGUGCAGAAGGACGUGCAGAGCCACUACUUGGAGCUGCAGACCACCCUGUCCGAGAGCUACUCCCUGGAGCAGACAGUGGCGAUGCACUCGGCCCGCAGCAGCACCAGCGUGGCGAGCUACCAGACGACCUUUGCCAGCCUCGAGGUGGCCAUCGCCACCGCCAAGUCGGACCUGCAGCGCCAGCUCGUGGCCUACCAGGCGCUUGUGGACGUCAAGCUGGUGCUGGACGCGGAGAUCGCCACCUACAAGCGUCUGCUGGAGGGCGAGGAGGACAUUCUGGCCGGCGUCAACGUCACACCGUGGGGCGUAAGGUUCUCAUCCGCCUCCUCCGUGUCCUCCGGAGGGGGCAGCGUCGUCCUGGCCACGAGCAUUGGGGGCUCCCACGUGGCCGCCGCCGCCACCACCGCCGUGGCCGCCGUGGCCGCCGCCGCCGCCGCGGCUCUGCCGGUCGGCCUCGGCGUUUCGGCCCCGGUGGCGGUGGAGGUCCCGGUGCUGGCCCCCGUCCUGGUCCCCGUCGUGGCCCCCGUCGUGGCCGCCGCUGUCACCGCGGCCUCCGCCGUGGUGCACGCCGAGACGCUGGAAGAGGUCAGCUUCACCGCGAGCAGCAGCUCGAGUUUCAGUGAGGUGUCCAGCACGCAGGUGGCCACCAGCGAAGAGGCGCUGCUGGGGACUGCCCUGGCCACCACCGCCGCUGUCGUCGCUGCCACGUUGGAGUAGAGGUGACGGCGCUUGAGACGACGGCUUAGGAAGCGGAGUGAUGCAUGGACAUCAUCCCGGGACCAAUCUGCGUCGACUGUCGUCGUUUCUUCUGCCGCUCUUCCUCAGCUCAGCUCUCCUCGGCCACUCGCUGGUGGCUCUUUUGCUCGCGGGCCUUGAGCGCAGGCUGUGGCGUGCCUGGUGAAACUUACUCUCUCUCCGCUUUGGGUUUCCACCCAGCGCCACUCGUGGGGCCAAACGGUCGCUGUGCACGCACUCGCCACGCGUCGCUGUCCAGCGCACGAACGCAGAGCUCUCGUCCGUGUCUCCACCUAUAAAUAAUAACGGUAAUGUCAUGCUCUGGUCCGGUGGUUCUCAACCGGGGUGGACGUGGACCCCUGCAGGCACGUGGCAAUUGUCCCAGGGGGUACCGCGAGGUGAUUUAUAAACGCGUAAAAUAAUCACGUAUGAAUUAUCACGUAUGAAUCGGCCGAUAGAAAAUUACUACGAUAACAUUUAAAUCCACACGGUAGCCUAGAACGGUAUAAUAGACUUUUAUAAACUCGUUGAUCGUAAACAAUGCGGUUUCCAAGAGUAACCAAUCGAACAAAUUACGUAGAAUUGUUGUGUUCGAUUGCAAGUUACUCGCUAGUUCAGAUAACCUCACAAAAAUGGACAAUACGGUUAAAAUAUUGAAGUUCAUUAUUCAUACAUUUUUAUUUCUUAGAACCAUGUUGGGGUCAGGUAAGGGAAGGGGGGGUACUCACUAGAAACGAAAUUCAAUAAGUGGCGCAUAGGAGCCAAAACGAGGAUGAGACCCACUGCUCUAGUUCAUCAGCCUACUCGCUUUCUCCAGACCAAUGUUGAUACUCAUGAUUCUAGAUUUGAAGCUUUCGUGACUGCAAGUAUUCAUACUCUUAGGUUUUUUUCGGUAAAGUCA